GUGGAGAUUCUUUUAGCUGAGUUUGAUGGCUAUGGAUAGUUCUAAUUGGAUGGCCGCUUCAUUGGAUCUUAAUGCUAAUCCUCUUCGGCUUUUCGAUGAUACUCCGAAGAAGGAGGUGCAGGAUGAUUUUACAGGGUUGGGGUUGAAGGUCGUCUCAUUGAAAGAAGAAGAGACAGGUGUUCUUGUGGAGAAAUUGAACCAAGUGAACGCAGAAAACAGGAAGCUAACGGAAAUGCUAACAGUGAUGUGUGAGAAUUACAACGCUUUGAGAAGCCAUGUGAUGGAGUAUAUCAGCAAGAACCCCGAGAGGGAAUCUCCUUCAUCAAGAAAAAGGAAGGCAGAGAGCAGCAAUAAUAACAGUAACAACAAUGGAGUCGUUGGGAACUCAGAAAGCAGCUCAAGCGAUGAAGAUUCAUUCAAGAAACCAAGGGAGGAGACUAUUAAGGCCAAAAUCUCAAGGGUCUAUACGCGAACCGAUGCAUCAGAUACCAGCCUUGUGGUGAAGGAUGGAUACCAGUGGAGGAAAUAUGGCCAAAAGGUCACCAGAGACAACCCCUCUCCGAGAGCCUACUUCAAAUGCUCUUUUGCUCCUAGCUGCCCUGUCAAGAAGAAGGUGCAAAGAAGUGUUGAAGAUCAAUCUAUAUUGGUAGCAACCUACGAAGGCGAGCAUAAUCAUCCACACCCUGGUCGAAUUGAGCCCACAUCAGGUGCAAACCGAUCCGUGAACCUCGGUUCAGUCCCCUGUGCAUCCUCACUCAGCUCAUCAGGACCUGCCAUUACUCUUGACCUCACAAAGCCCAAGUCUAAUUCUGAUGCCAAGGCUUCAAAGUCCCCUGAACUUCAUCACUUCUUGGUGGAACAGAUGGCCUCUUCGUUGACCAAAGAUCCAAGCUUCAAGGCUGCACUUGCAGCCGCCAUUUCAGGAAGAAUUCUCCACCAUAAUCAAACUGAAAAAUGGUGAC